UACGCCAUGGGAGUCCGACAUCUGCAAACGUUUAUGGAUAGGAAGGUGGCGCACGGUACUUACAACGUACGAAUGGAACGGGAAAUUCGGAAUGCGAAGCAAACACCGGAAGCUCCCCCACUGGUAGUGAUCGACUUGAUGGCAAUGUACAAUUUGUUUUGUAGCGAUGUGCGCGGCCUGUUGUGUGGUAGCCAAUACAGACGGGUGGAACGGACAGCCAAUGAAUUCUUCCAGCGUCUAACCGAUGCCGGUGCCGAGCUGGUAUUUUUCUACGAUGGUAAAUUGCAGGUAAACAAGUACGAAACAUGGACGACCCGGCAGAAUGAAAAGUACUACCGGAUGCUCGAUAUUGUGGAUGCGAUCAAUGCACGUAUGCCGCUCGAAAAGGUAGCGGCACAGUUUGAACAUAACAUGCCGUCCAACACUUGUCUUAAGCUACGGCGUGUGGCCAGACGGCACGGUAAGGUUUUCAUCGUGACGGACAAGGAGUGUGAUCAGGCGCUGGCAAUGUACGCCACUAAGCAUGGUGCACUGGCCGUCAUUACGCACGAUACGGAUUUUCUUAUCUUUGAGGGUAAGUGGCAGCUGUGGCACGCGAACCGUAUCAAUGUAGAGACGCUGGUCACUCAAGCCUUCAACCGACAGGCGCUGCUGCGUACGCUCGGUCUGCAAUGGCAGCAGCUGGCGGUGUGGGCAACGUUGGCCGGUACGGAUUUCUUCAAGUAUGACGAGCUGGAACCAUUCCUGAACGAUCUCGGUCCGCAUCAUCGCAAGUUCUACAAGCUGGCCGAUUAUGUGCGCUCCCUAGCGAUCACAAAAGAGCUGGAAGCAACCACAAUAAAUGGCAUACUGGGGCGGGUGUACAAGAACCGACACAUGCCAACGGAAGCGUUCGAAUGGUUUCGGCAAAGUGUAGCAUUCUAUCAAAUCGAUCCAACGACAUCCGAUACGUCAGCAGCCGAAAAUCCGUUCGACUUUUUGCUGGAGGUGGAACAAUGCUUUGCCCACACCGUACUAACCGGAUCUCCGUUCAACUGUACGCUCUUCUUCUUUGACUAUCGUUCGAACGAAUUUGGAAAUUAUUACGCGAUCAUCGAGCCAAUGAUUGCCCGUAUUGGGGGAAUCCUGCUGUAUCAUUAUUCGAACGAACGGAACCACAUGACGGUGGUGGUCAAGCGUAACCACGAAGAAUCGCAUACGUUCGUUACCCUACCGGUAACGUUCCCGUACGAUUUUGAACCACCCGAGGUUAAGGAUUUGGUGUCAAAAGACGCAAACCUACUGUCCUCGCUACUGCAACGCAAACUGCAGCUGUUGCGCUGGGUUGUUUCGGAAGAUUUGUACGAGCAGCAACAAUUUAACGACAUUCCACCGGCACUUCUGCUAACCGUACUGACCCUGUACCGUUUGCGUCAAACUGGUGCGGUACACAUGUUCGAGGCCGAUUUACUUCUCCUGAUCGCGCAUCAGGAUACGCACAAGUUGUUCGAUCCGGUAGCGGAACCGUACCCGCAGCGUUUGAUUUCGCGUGCCUUCCGAUUAGGGUUUCUGUUUCAGAAAGUGUACACCCACUUGGCACGGUUUGCGAAAGCAGUUGGACUGUCGCAAGCGUAUCGCCCUGCGGCACCGUACGAUGGGCUUCGGUUUCACAAUAUGUACCGAGUGUGGACCAGCAUGCGGGUAGAACCGCACCACAUUGAACCGAUUGCGGAAUGGCGUUUGUACCAAAGUGCAAGACGUUAG